AUGCUUGCAAAAAAUGAUGAGAUCUCAGGUGGGAAAUUGGCUACAGAUAAUAAAAAUGAAUAUGUGAGUCUAUCCAUUGAGUUGCAGGGUAUGUGUGUCCCCUUCAAUGUAAUGCUACGGCCAUAUGCUAUGUUCAUCCAUGGACAAAUCUACAGUGGCAUUACAGAAAGGAGAGAAUUUAUGUUUAUCAACAACAGUAUCAGCUCCAUCAAAUUUAAUUGGGAAUUAUUUAACAAUGAAUUCUUCAUUCUGGAAGUAGAGCCAGCAAAUGCUACACUAGAUCCGAAUCAGGAGAUGCAAUUGCAAUUGUGUGUGACUGGAUGUUGCCCAGGGCCCAUUAAUCAUCAACUGAGAUGUUACUUGGAAUAUCAAGAUGAACCUAUAUAUUACAAUGUACAAGUUGAUAUCAAAGGAGCUGAUGUUGCUAUUGAAGAACCUAAUGUUGAUUUUGGUCUUGUUUGCCGUGGAGAAUGCGUAACAAGGGAAAUAACUCUGAAUAACAAAUCUCCAAUCCAGGCCCAGUUCUCAGUUCAAGAGGAAAUAAAAUCAAAUUCUGAUCUAACUGAAUUGAAGAUCUUCCCUGAAAAUGGAACUCUCCAGCCACUGGAGUCUUGCAAAGUGUCUAUCAGUUACAAUGCUCAAAAUCUACUCCCAUUUACCAAAUAUAUUUCUGUACAAAUUAUAGGUGGAGAAAAAAGGAAUGUUCUUGUUUAUGGGGAAGUGCAAAACCCACAGGUUGUACUGGAAUCAUGUCAGCUUCAUAUGGAAGGACUCUACCAUAAUGUUCCUGGUACUUAUCAAGUGGUGUUAAUCAAUAACACAUUACUGCAGACAAACUUUGAAUGGCAACAGGCUUUUGGAAGCCAGGCAAAGUUUUGUGAUAUAGAGAUUGUGCCACAAUCAGGUUACAUUGGUCCAAGGGAAAAAAAAACAAUGGAUUUGAUCUUUACUGCUUACAAUAAGGUACUGUUCUAUGAUAUUUAUAUUAGCUGCCAAAUUUAUGGAAUGGAAACACAGCCAUGUUUGUCACUCUCAGGAGACGUCUUGGGUGUGAAUGUUGAGUACAGGAUUUCAUUGGAGGACUCUUUGCCUCCAGAGCAAAGCAAUGAAGCUGAAAAGGUUCUUAAUUUUGGUGAAGGUGUCCUCAUUAAUUCUCUGUCUCAUGGCUACAUACAUAUUUUGAAUCAUUCUGCUAUUGACACAACAUUUAAGGCUUAUAUUGAACACUUCCCAGCUAGAUUACCAUCACCGCCAGUAACUGAUGAGAAAUAUAAAAACUGUCAUUCCAGAAGAGAUUCAAUUUGGAAAAAGUUGAAUCAUAUAAAACCACCAGGAACUUUUUUAACCAGUAUAGACACAGAAGAGAAGAAUUCCUAUUUGAGAGACAACAAUGGUGCCGCCUUCCUGAUAACUCCCAAAAGUGGCAGUCUUUCUGCAUAUGGUUCUGUAGUUAUUCAAGUUUCUGCCAUUCACAACAUGUGGGGUCAAUAUUCAGAUACUUUCUGCUGUCAGGUGGGUGAGUUAGAAAUGGUUAAAAUUCCAAUCAUAUUAAAUGUAGUUGGGGCACCUCUCAAGUUCCUUAUGAUGGGGCGAAAUACAGACCAAGCACCUAAAUUAAGAUUUGGGUCCGAAGUUGCUGGAAAUGAUUCCACUGACCGGAAACUGAGAAUUUGUAACACAAGUCCUUUUGAUAUUAGAGUAGACUGGCUUGGAUACAACAUAUACGAUGAUGAUGACAAGCUUUUAGACUUCAAAGUGAUAUAUGGUGAUGCCUUUCCCAUUUUGGGAGAAGAUGGUUUGGAAGUGUGUCCGUCUGCUCCAGAAUCUCUUCCUGAACAAAGUUCUUCUGAAUCAGUUGAAACAGUGCAAAAACAGAGAAAUGACGCAAUAUUCGGCUCUGAGAAUUUCAUAAAAGCAAUCGUUAAUAUUCACAGUGGCACCCAGUCAGACAAACCGUUCACUAUCAUUCCAAAGCAAAUGGUGAUUCCUGCAAAUUCUGAUGAAACCUAUGUCACGGUACGCUUUUCACCUCCACUGGCACAAGAAGUGACCCAUGAAUUUAAUUGUGUUUCUUUUGGACUUGGCUACUUGAAUUUGUGUAACCAUGAGGAGAAUGACAAAUCCUCUACAAUAUCCCGACCACAAGGUUAUGAUAUUGCCCCUUUGACCAUCCAUAUGACAGCUCAUGUUCUUCCUGCUCAGCUUUAUGUAGAUUUUAUGGGCGAAGAUCAACUAUAUUUUGAAUGCAACCUGUGUCAACUCUUAGAGAAUAACAAGCUUUGUGAAAAAAAAAUGAUGACAUCUUCACUGAAAUUGAUAAACCUCACUCAGACAUCAAUGAAUUUUAUGCUUUUGACCAAGGAACCUUUCACUUUUACUAAUCUUCAACUGAGUUCUUUGGAUAAUACAAAUGAAAAACAUUCAACUUUCUUUACACUCUACCCCCAGAAGCACCUAAUGGUAAAAGUGGGUUUUCUUUUAAGCUCAGAAAUCCUGAGUUACCGGCAGAUGCUAGAAGCAGAAGAUACAUGCCUUCUGGAUGGUGUAAGUUUGAAGACAGUUGGUAAAGAAAUGUGGAUGCAGUUCACCAAUGCCAUAACCAUAAAGUUCAGAAAUGAAACAACUCAGACAAUAACCACAGAGGCAAAAGUUGCACUACCAGAUUUUGACGUCUCCACUGAUAAAAUUGAUUUUGGUAUAUGUUGGAUUGGGCAGGAAAAAUGGGAAGAAUUUACACUGAUAAAUACGUCACAGUCGAAGUCUUUAUUCUUCAUCAGUAUUGAUGUUUCAUGUUCAUGUUGUGAUACCAAAACUUUCUAUACGGAGCCUAGUAGUGGUUAUCUUGAAGGACAUGUCACUCAUGCAGAUGCUUAUUGGACAAAAAUUAAAAUCUUCUUUGCAGCAAAAAAAGUUGGAGGACAUCAGGCAAAAUUGAAUAUAAGUGGCAUCAUGGGAGAAAAGCAGCAGCAGAUCAACGUGAAAGGCUAUGGUUCUCAUGAUGGACGGCAUUGUUCAGUUAUAGAAGGCUAA